AUGACAAGUCUGAAGACCCCAAAGGGUACGAUGGAUGAGUCUCCAAGGCAAUGCUUUUUGCACGAGGAGAUCAUAGAAAGGAUCCGGAGGGUGUUUGUUCUGUAUGGAGCAGUUCCCAUCUCCACGCCCACGUUUGAAAUGAAGAGCAUCCUCACCAACAAGUACGGAGAGGACACCAAGCUGAUAUACGACCUGAAGGACCAGGGGGGAGAGAUAUGUGCAUUAAGAUACGACCUGACUGUUCCCUUUGCAAGGUAUCUGGCGUCGAACAAGAUAAGGAGGAUGAAGAGAUACCAAAUAGGAAGGGUGUACCGGAGAGACCAACCCUCGAUUGCCAGGGGAAGGCUCCGGGAGUUUGUUCAGGCAGACUUCGACAUUGCCGGAGAAUGCAUCCAGAUGAUGGCGGAUGCCGAAGUUGUUAGUUGUGUGGACAGGAUAUUGAGUAUGUUUGGAAUAGGAGAGUACAGAAUAAAGGUGAACGACCGAAGGAUCCUUACAUCCAUCCUUGAGGUUGUUGGGGUUUCUUGUGAAAGCUAUGGAACCGUAUGCUCUACAAUUGAUAAGAUUGAGAAGAUGAGCUGGGAAGACAUUGGGAGAGAGCUUGUUCUGAAGGGACUGAGUGAGGAGCAGGUGAGAACGACCAAGAAGUACAUGACGAUGGGUGGGAAGGAGGAUGUCCUGGGUCUUCUCAAAGCCGACCCUGUCUAUGGGAUAGAGCGGUGCAAGGCAGCUGUUCACGACAUGGAGGAGCUGUUCAGACUUUGCAGGAUUCUUGGAUGCAGCGGCAGCCUGGUGAUGGACAUUUCCCUGGCACGAGGGCUGGACUACUACACAGGAAUGAUUCUGGAGGCAGAGUAUGUUGGGAAGUCCGUGGGGUCUGUGAUAGGGGGAGGCAGAUAUGACAACCUCACCGAGAACCUGGGGGAAAGAUGCGUGUCUACUCCAUGCGUGGGGUUUUCUGUAGGUGUUUCCAGGAUAUUUUCCCUGCUGUAUGAAGAGUAUGACAAGGAGUCGUCGACCAUGGUCUAUGUGGGGGCGUCUGGAGGCCUGUUUCUUGAUGAGAGGCUGUCGGUUCUUAGGAUCUUACAGGAUGCAAACAUUUGCUCGGAGACCUUCUAUACCAGGAGAUCGUCGUUUGAAAGCCAACAGAAGUAUGUUGCAAAGAAGAAGAUUCCGUUUAUUGUUGUGGUUGGAGAGUCUGAAAUAGCGGCGGGCUCUGUCCAGGUGAUCAAUGCUCUCACAAGGAAAAAGGAGAUUGUUAAGGUGGAGCAGAUGGUGAGCUACUUGCUUGACCCAGAGAAUCAAUGA